AUGGGGGCUUUUUCCCUAAGUUCUUCCUCAAUUAUACCCAAUAAACUAAAUAGAGUGCAUGGAAAUAAUGACUGGUGCCCUACAAAGAGAAAGACAAAUGUUGUCCAUUGUCAAGGUGGUGGAAAUGUGAUCAAGUCCUCUGGGCUUUCUUCUAUAUUAACAGAAAGACCAACAUUGGUUAGCACAGAUCACACCACAACUCUAAUGGAUCCAGGAAGCUUGGUCUUGUCCCAAAAUGGGAAAAGCCAGGCAGAGAUUGUAGUAAAGGAUUUGGGAACUUAUGGUGGACCAACAUCCACCACAUUAGUAGGAUUGGAAGAUGGCAUAGGAAUUGUCAAAUUUCUAAGAGGGACGAAAUUUUUUAUUACUGGUGCAACUGGGUUUCUAGCCAAAGUUCUUAUUGAGAAGAUUUUAAGGACAGAACCGGAUGUGGGCAAAAUGUACCUUCUGAUCAAGGCAGAGAAUAAAGAAGCUGCAAUAGAGAGAUUGCAGAGUGAAAUCAUAAAUACAGAGCUUUUCAGAUGCCUUCGACAAAUCCAUGGAAAAUCCUACCAAGCAUUUAUGUUGAGCAAGCUAGUUCCUGUUGUAGGCAAUAUUUGUGAAUCCAAUCUUGGAUUAGAUGAGGAUUCUUCUGAUGUUAUUGCAGACGAGGUAGAUGUUAUUGUAAAUUCUGCGGCUAAUACAACAUUUGAUGAAAGAUAUGAUACAGCUAUCAACAUAAACACCAAAGGGCCCUGCCGCCUUAUGGGCAUUGCCAAAAAGUGCAAGAAACUUAAGCUCUUUCUGCAAGUUUCAACAGCUUAUGUAAAUGGACAAACGCAUGGUAGAAUCAUGGAAAGACCAUUUAGCAUUGAAGAUUGCACAGUAAGAGAAAACUUUAUGUCUGAAGUAUCACCAAAAAUCCUUCCAACAUUGGACAUUGAAGGCGAAAUAAAUCUCGUUUCAAAUUACAAGGGAAACAUUGAACACAACUUUUUAGCUCAAGAAAUGAGAGAGCUGGGUCUAGAGAGGGCCAGAAGAUAUGGGUGGCAAGAUACCUAUGUGUUCACGAAGGCUAUGGGAGAAAUGAUGAUAAACAAAUUGAGGGAGGAUAUUCCAGUCGUUAUAAUUCGACCCAGUGUUAUUGAGAGCACUUUUAGAGAGCCAUUUCCUGGUUGGAUGGAAGGAAAUAGGAUGAUGGAUCCUAUAGUUCUCUGCUAUGGCAAAGGGCAGCUUACAGGUUUCUUGGUAGACCCAAACGGAGUACUCGAUGUGGUCCCAGCAGAUAUGGUAGUUAAUGCAACCUUGGCAGCAAUGGCAAGGCAUGGAAUGACCCAAAAGUCAGAUAUAAAUGUGUACCAAAUUGCUUCAUCUGUGGUGAAUCCUCUAGUCUUCCAAGACCUGGCAAGACUGCUCUAUGAACAUUACAGCUCCUCACCAUGCAUUGACUCAAAGGGUAGGCCAAUUCAAGUUCCACUGAUGAAGCUGUUCAGCUCCACAGAAGAAUUCUCAGAUCACCUUUGGAGAGAUGCCAUUCAUAAAAGUGGCCUGACGGAUAUGACUCACUCAAAGGAGGUGUCUCAAAAACUUGAAAAUAUCUGCAGAAAAUCAGUGGAGCAAGCGAAGUACUUGGCCAGCAUUUAUGAGCCAUAUACAUUUUAUGGUGGAAGGUUUGAUAACAGUAAUACUCAGAGAUUGAUGGAAGGCAUGUCUGAAGAAGAAAAGAGGAAGUUUGGUUUUGAUGUAAAGGGUAUAGAUUGGAAAAAUUACAUUACCAGCGUCCAUAUACCGGGUCUAAGGAGACAUGUCAUGAAAGGAAGAGGAAUGGGUAGUUAGUGUGC